CGUUACAUUUGACAAUUAUCACAAAAAAAUGACAGAAGGCGAAUUUGGAGAAGCAAGUCACGUAAUCCUCCAUGGCGAGGGCCACCCUUAUGCAGCCCUCUCCCCCACCACCGGAUUCAUCAUACCAUACGAUGUGCCCAUAGUAGAUAAAAGUCUUACCUUCGAAGAGGCUUCCAAGUGCCUAAACACUUUGGGAAAAGACGAGAGCGGAGUACGGUACGCUUACCUAAUGAUCACCGCGACUGAUAGAAAGCUCACAGAGGUCUCGGUAGUACUCACGUUCAAACACGUGCUAUUUUUAGACCUAAGCGGGAAUUUUUUGAACCUGGAAGCCUUACAGGUGCUUCAGGGCAUGCCCUUUUUGAUCCUGCUUAGGGCCAACAGGAAUAGGGUGGAGUCAGGGGCUUUAAACGCCAUCCAUUACUUACAGGUGCUUUGCUUGAACAUCAACAAAAUCGAGCACACUUACGAUAUCGCGCAACCAAUGUUGGAAACGCUGCAGCUCGAAUUCAAUCAGAUCUUCACCGCCCAGUUUGACAGCGAAAAACUGCCUAAACUGAAGGAGCUCGACUUGAAAGGGAACCAUUUGAUGGACCUCAGCGGGGAGUAUCCACAGAGUCUGGAGCGGUUGUAUUUGGCUCAGAAUAAGAUAACUCGUCUGAACGAGUUGGCCUUGUCCAAACUGACCCACUUGACAACGUUGCACCUCAGAGACAAUAAGAUAAGGAAGCUGAAUGGGUUUACGGAGUUCCUUGGUCAGUUGACCUAUUUAAACUUGAGGAGUAAUAGUAUUAUGAAGCUGAGGCAGUUUAGGAAGCUCGCGUGCUUACCUAAGUUGGAGAGUCUUGUUUACACUGACAACCCCCUGGACACAAAAAAUAAACCCGUAGAAAUCCCGGGUGAGGGAGCCAGCGAGGACGACGAGGAAGUAUACGGAGAAGAUGGCGAACUGAGGACAGUAGACGUCGAUUUAGUGAGGAUCGGAGUAUUGGUUCUACUACCAAACUUAAAGAGGAUCAACAAAGACAUGGUGACUCUACAAGAGAGAGACGAAGCCUUCUUGAUGCAUGAUCAAAAAAUUGAGCAGAUCAUGAGCGAGGUGAGCAGCGACGAAGAAACCGAACCCCCCACCACCACUUACACCAGUGACGUCGGUGAUUCGGAAACCGAAGAAGGAGACCAAGACCUCACCGAUCCUAGACAAAGAAGCGAUUAUGAGGAGAAUUAGCUUUAUAAGAUGCGAAUCAUCUGUUAUAAAACCGUAAUAAAAGCAAUUUGCAGUUUAAGAUAAA